AUGGAUGUGCCCGACAUUACCCCCUCGCUGGAGAAGCUCAACGUCGACCUCGACCAGCUAGAAGCCGCUCUGAAGCCUGUUCUCGGUGAUGUCGGUGAUGUAUCUUCGAAAUUGCCUUUGUUGGACAAGGCCAAGCUCUACGUUAUGGUGACUUAUGCCAUCGAAUCGAUCCUAUUUUCCUCACUACGUCUGAACGGUGUUGAUGCCAAGGAGCAUGCCAUUUUCACAGAGUUGACUCGCGUCAGGCAGUAUUUUGAAAAGAUCCAGAAUAUCGAGAACCCGCCCCAGGAGCGUGAGCAGACGGUCAACAAGGAGGCCGCUGCCCGCUUCAUCAGAUCUGACUUGGCCGAUGAUGAGGCUAUCAAGCAAAAGCUGACGGAGCUGAUUGCCAAAGAGAAGGCGAAGGCAGAGGCCAAGGAGGAGAAGAAGCGAGCAGCAGAUUCGAGCUCUGAGCCCACUGCCAAGCGCCCCAAGACCAAGGGCAACAAGAAAAAAACUGAGAAGUUAAUCGUCGAAGCCCCUAAAGAUGAAAUAUGCGGCUACAACCCUAACCCUCUGACGGGUGGUCACGCGCCCUAUAAGCCUCAACAACAUGAUGCUCUCUCGCCUUCGAUUGGCUUCCAGUUUAGCUUCAAGACCGCCCCAAAGGAACGGCAGAGGCCCCCCAAACUCACCCAAAAGAGAUCGUUGACAGGGGAAAACAGGGGUCCAAGCUCCGAGCUCUCGUCUCGGCUUUCAGGGCCUCGGCCGGCGCGGGAGGCGUGA